UCAAAAACCGUCAUUACAGGUAAUUGGGUUGUGCAAGAUGAUUUAAUAUUAUCACAAAAACAACCUAAAUGGAUGGGUCUAGAAAUCCAAAAGCUACACGAUUAAUUGAUAUCGCAUCUGGUGGACUACCUUCUGUUGCUCGAACGCUGGUAAGAGAAGGGCCAGAACCAGCAGAUGUCGGACAUAUUACCCUAGGCGAAGAACUUAGUUCACAAUAUGUCUGGACACAAGAUCAUACACACAGAAAACAAUAUGCAGCCUGGAAUCCAGAGUACGAAGACAUUACGAAAACAAACGAUUCUCAAUGGACAUCAGGAUGCGAUUGUGCAACAUCACCCAAACAAAAUGAUAUACAUGUAUGUUUGUAUUAUGUACCGAUGCCUGACAAUGGAUGUAGUAAAAUAUCAGAAUUAAUCACUGGUUUACAGAAAAAUAAACAAUUAACAUAUUUUGACUUCGAGCGUGAUUUUAGACCAAAUAAAUCCCUAUUACAUGAAAUAGGUUAUUUCCUCCACACAACAAAACGAACUAUUUUGGUAUUAUCGCCCCUGUUUUAUGCUUCAAAUUUUCACAUGUAUGUUCUUGAAACCACAGUUUCAUACUGCAUAGACAACAGACUUGAUGCGAUCAUUUGUCUGCUGGUUGACACAAGCCCUUCCGAGAUACCGAAAUGUUUGUCGGUAUUUUCAUAUAUCGACACCAAAGACGAUGGGUGGUUUGUCAAAUUAGUUCGUCAGCUAAACGUAAAAGUGGAGAAGAUCAUGACAUCUGUUUGUACUAAAAAUGGUCAUAUAAGCAUGGAUGAUGUUGAGACUCUCCGAUCUGUUCAUUCUGACCCACCAACUAUUCGAAGACCGCUACCUGAAAAUGUUAAGCUGCAAUUGCAGACGUGGUUCAGAUCCAAAAGCAUGCAUCCGAAAAUAAAUGCAACAGAGACAAACUCGCCUGGAAGAAACCAAAUUGGCGAUAAACAGGCGACUAUGGACAACAAUGUGAUAUUCGCCCGAGAGUUACGAAGAGAAAUGAAAGAUGUGUAUGAAAGCUCAGAACAAUUCAAAACAGAAUCAUUAAACAUAGCUGAAGGGGACGUUCUGGAGGUACUGGAUGGUGCAAAAUUUGGAGAUGAAAAAGCUUUAAUUCGAAACAGUCAAGGACAGACUGGACAUAUUCCAUAUCGUUUGCUAACACCUUCCUUAUUUCCUCUCCCAAGCAGUGCUGUUAAACUACUAAACCAACCAAUUUCAAAAAGCAAUAAUAAAGAAUUUCGCGAGCGGCUAGAAAAAAUGGGUCUUAAAGUUCAUGUAGCUGUUGAAAGCUUCCACGGAAAUACCGGUUUGAUAAAAGUUAACAAAAAUGACAUUUUGCUCAAAAUUUCUCAAACUGAAAAUCAGGUGAAGGUUAAGAAUUAUCAAAAUGUAAUUGGCUAUAUUGAGGAGAAAUUAAUUAGAAACCUAAGUUCAAAUGCGACAUGGUUUGUUUAAAUCUGAUAAACCCAUUGUGUCAAGGUUGGCAGCGAGAAAUAUAUAUAUCAAUUAUUAUCCAGCAUUUUCAUGUGCAAUAACCAUUAAUAGACAUUACUUAAUUUUUAUUGUUAGAUAUUUUACAAUAAAAACUACAUUAUAUUAAAGUGUAUUUACCAUGGACUAAAACGUGUCAGAAAUGUAUUAUCUUACAGUAUUUACCAUGGUAGAGAGAGAGAGAAAUGGGGUUUAACGUCCACUCGACACAAACUAGGUCAUUUCGGGACUAACAUAUGGUUUAAUUUUAUUUACAUAAUUUGCUUACGCGUAGGGGUCUUUAGCAGUGGGAGGCAACCGGAGGACCCGGAGAAAACCCACGAGGUUGGACAGGCGACCCUACUCCUUGCCACGUACAACCGAGGAUUUAUUUACCAUGGAUUAAAACCUGUAAGCAGUGCAUCACAAGUAUAUUAUCUUACUGCAUUUACCAUGGAAUAAAACUUGUGCGAAGUGUAUUACUACUUAUUACAACUAUAUAAUCUUAUAUAUGUAACCACUUAAGUUUUAUGUGAUUUAUUAAGCGUAGAUAAUUUAACAAAUAUUUACAAAAAAAAGAGAUUAAUCAUAGCCUUCACUGAAUUAAAUCUACAAUAAAACAAUUGCGGCAUAUAUACAAUUAAACUAUAAAACUUAUUAAAACAGUGAUUCUUAUUUGAGGCCUACACGCGAUAGUUGGGUUGUAAAGAGCUUAGUCAUUGAACAGCUGUUGAUCACUCGAGACUAUUGAUAGACUUAUAUUCACAGUCUAAAUUAUAUAUGAGGCAACCCAAUAGAUAUUAGUUGGAUGAAUUAGUCUCAUAAACUUACACAGGAAGGCAAUGUAGCCUUUGGGGGAAGGCCACACAGGGUCCGAUUGUCAUUUGAUUAACAAAUAGUUCUAGCUAUAGACUGUAUGUUUUUACAAGGACAAUCAGCCAUGCCGGUUCGGCUUUACCUUAACACGUAUCUUUCAUGAGAAAUAAUUAGGUAAAUAAAAUAGAUUUUAAAUACAUUAAUGUUAGAAAAGAUGUGUUUACCAC